AAUAAUAUUUUGAAUAAAUGUUAAUUAUGUUGUACAUUUUUUAUGUAUAACUAUAUUUAAUAAAUUUAGUUAAUUAAAAUAUAAGAAUUAUUAAGUUUGUGUCAAUAAAUUAAAUAGCAGUAUAUAAUAUUAUGAAAAAAAAAAUAAAAUUAUCUGCUACUUAAGUAUAAUUAUUAUUACAAUUAAAAAAUCUAAUUACUAAUUUUAAAUGUCAUUAUAAAUAAUAGUAAUAAUAAUAAUAAUAAUGGUUGAAUUAGUAUAAAAGCAUUGACAGUAUAUUUAUAUCAGUAUAAAAUAAUAAUAAUAAUAAUAAUAAUAAUAAUAAUAAUCUACUAAAAAAUUUUAUUAUUGUAACUCGAAAAGAUUUUAAAUAAUAUAAAAAAAAAAAGUAAAUAUGCCGCUACAUCGAUAUACACAUGCUAUAUUAUGUAGAAUACCAAAUUCAAUAGAAAGUAAGGGCGAGGUCGUAGUUGAAGAAGCUAGAAAUCAACAUUCAGCACUUGCACAACUUUUACGAGAACUUGGAAUAGAUGUUGUUGAAAUGCCAGCUGAUGAAUCUGCACCUUUAUGCGGUUUUGUUGAAGAUAUUGCAGUACUUUGUAAUGGUAUUGCAUUAAUUGCCCAUCCUAUUGAUGUUACCCGAAUUAAAGAGAUUGAAACUAUUAGAGCAGUAUUAAAAAAAGAAUUGGAAAUUUCGCUUAUUGAAAUUGCUGAUACAAGUGCUCGGUUGGAUGGUGGAGACGUAUUAUUUACCGGUCGAGAAUAUUUUGUUGGACUUGGUAAAUUUACAAAUGAAGCUGGAGCAAGAGCUGUUGCUGCUGCAUUUCCAGAAUAUCCUUGUGUUCCAAUUAAGGUUCCUGAAAAUCAUAGACUCAAAGGAUUGGUAAGUAUGGCUGGUCCUGAUGUCAUGUGCGUUGGAGCUGGUAAAGAAUCACAACAAGUAUUGAAGAGAAUCGAAAGAGAAGCGACUUACACUUAUCAAACUCUAACAGUCCCAGAAGAUGCAGCUGCUAACGUUAUUUAUGUAAACGGUACUCUUAUUCAUCGUAGUGAAGAUGAAAUUCCAUUAUCAUUUAAACUUUUUGCGGAUAAAGUUGAAUUUCCUACUCGAACACUUUAUGCGUCUGAAUUAGCUAAAGUCAGUUUAGGAUUAUCAUCUUGUUGUUUAUUAGUACGUAAACCAAGACAUAUUCGUAGUCUUUAAAAAAAUAUAUUAAUUAAAUCAUAUUUAUAAUAUCAAUAUUAGCUCAAAUCUCUAUUUCUUUUUUAUUAAUCUUAAUAAUAAUAAUAAUAAUAAUAAUAUUAUCAUCAGCAAUGUUUAUUACGUAUAUUAUUAAUUGUAUAAUUACUAAUAAUUAUAAUAAAACUAUAUAGUUAUUAACAUUAA